AGCAAGUAACCUUUAUAUGGGUAAGAUAAGACUUUAAACUUUCUGUCUCAUGGCUGAUUUCCCUUUUUGUACAACAGGUCCACAACAGAAGAAUUCAGGUGACAGGUUGCAAACUUGCAAUUUCCUGCCUUGGUUCCCUCUACUCAUUCUACAACUACAGUCAACUACACACCAGGUAAGUAACAAGUGUUAAGUAUUUGGAAGGAUUUCUGCUUAUUUUUAAGAUGCCGAGAAGAAGCAAGAGAGCCCAGGCUGCGCGCGUCCGCUGGACCAAGUUGGACCUUGAUGACACCCAGACGAGCUCACUCCGGACCAGUGAAGAGGCUGCAGGAGACCAGUCAAGGAAGAUGGACUUGGCAGAUCUUCAGACGAGCCAGCCUAUGACCACUCAACAGAUGCGUUGUCUGGAACAUCAGGAGCCUAGCAAGACCAAACCUGAAACUGAAAAUUCUGCCAGAGAACAUGCGCAAGUCACUGCUGAUGCACCCAGGGUAAUAUCUGUCCAGGCAUCCCAUUAUCAGGGUGACAACAGGUAUGAUCCGUUCUCGCGAAAUCACCAGUGCACAUGUAAUGCUCUCACAUUCCUAGCAUACCACAGUGAGGGAACACAUUUUCGUAAGAGCGAUCUUGACAGUGUGCUACAGGUUGGCGAUGCCUUGUACACGCGCGCUAAAAGGCAACUUAUUGCUGAGGGGAAGUUUCAAAGUGAGCACUUGACGAUGGAAGAAGUGCCCGUGAGUGUCACAACAAACAGACACACUUACAUUGUACAUAAGUCUGACGUACUAAUGGGAUCCCUUAGAGUCACUGGUAGGGGUGACUAUGCAGGUUGGUGGCUAAGUCUUUCUGAGAGACUUCAGUGUCUCUCAGCAGAUGUGACCCAUGCGUUGCUGACCAUCAGUCCACUGUGCAUUGCAGUGUUUAGGGACAGAUCUGGACGCUAUGGGUUUUUCGAUCCCCAUGCUAGAACAGCAGAGGGUUUGCCGGACCGUACAGGUAACGGAACUGCUGUUAUGCUUACAUUUACUCACCUGAAUGACAUGAUUGAGAGACUGCACAUGCUUUACCGACGCUGGGAGGAUAAUGAGCAGUAUGACUUCAUGCCAGUGAACUUUGAAAUGAUCGUGAUGAACUCUAAAGAUCCAUCACAGGACGUCUCCCUUCUAGAUCUGAAUUCACAGCCUGCUCCCCAGUGUCGAGUCACAGCAGUAGCUGACUCAGACUUCCCGGUCACCCCCCGCAGGGAUGCCGACAGCCCAACCUCUUAA